AAAAAAUAAACGAACGCCAUUUUUAUUUUGCUGAUGCUGAGUGCGUGUCAAAUAAACGAGUGUUUUGUUUUCUGCUUUAUCUAAAUUACAAAUUUAUUAAUUCACCGCGUAAAACAUGAGUUCGCGGCAUCGUGAUAGAAGCCGUUCCCGUUCGCGUGAUCGCGAUCGCCACAAAGAGAGAGAUCGCGACAAGAACCGGGACAGAGACCGGGACCGGGAUAAGGACCGGGAUCGUGACCGCGACCGCGACCGGGACCGCGACAGCCACCGCGACCGGGACCGCGACCGCCACCGCUCCAAGAGGGAUAAGGACCGUGACCGCAGCCGCUCCCGCGACCGGCACAAGGACAAGCGCCGCAGCCGCAGCCGCAGCCGGACCCCCACUAGGAGCAAGAAGUCUAAAGACAGGGAUGGCACCAUUGCCCUGCUGGACCAGAUGGUUGGCACCACUACCAAGGCCACAGCUCGGGCGGUGGCCAGCACCGGCGGGGUGAACCCGGCCACACAGGCUGCCAUAUUGGCUGCGGCAGCUGUUGCUCAGACGUUUGUGGCGCAGCGUCGCAUCGCAGCGCCCGUGCAGCCCGCGGCCGCCGCCGCCGCCGCGCUCUCCGCCGCCACCGCCAUCCCGCCGCCCACCUCCGUGCAGCAGAAGCUCGAGCAAAUGCAAGCCAGGACGGAGUCUAGAUACCACCGGGACAAGAGGACCGAGGAUUAUCAUCCUGCUGAUGAUGAGGACGAUGGACAAGGCCUGUCCCCAGGCCCCCCCGGCGAGACGGCGGCGGAGCGGCGCGCGCGGCGGCGGCGCUCGCGCUGGCAGGGCUCCGAGCACGACAAGACCUUCAUCCCGGGCCUGCCCACCGUGCUGCCCUCCACGCUCACCAAGGAACAGGAGGAGCAGUAUCUACUGCAGCUGCAGAUCGAGGAGGUGAGCCGCAAGCUGCGCUCCGGCGACCUCGGCAUCCCGCCCAACGUCGAGGAAAGAUCGCCGUCUCCCGAGCCGAUCUACUCGACGGACGGCAAGCGGCUGAACACGCGCGAGUACCGCACGAGACGCAAGCUCGAGGAGGAGAGGCACCGCCUCGUCACCCGGAUGCAGCAGAUUAACCCCGAGUUUAAGCCGCCGCCGGAUUAUAAGCCGCCGAUAGUGCGCGUGCACGACAAGGUGAUGAUCCCGCAGGAGGAGCACCCCGACAUCAACUUCGUGGGGCUGCUCAUCGGCCCGCGCGGGAACACGCUCAAAGCGAUGGAGAAGGACACGGGCGCCAAAAUUAUCAUCCGAGGCAAGGGCUCCGUCAAGGAGGGCAAGGUGGGGCGCAAGGACGGGCAGCCGCUGCCGGGCGAGGACGAGCCGCUGCACGCCUACAUCACCGCCACCAACGCCGCCGCCGUCAACAAGGCCGUCGAGAAGAUCAAGGAGGUGAUCCGUCAGGGCGUGGAGGUGCCGGAGGGGCAGAACGACCUGCGCCGCAUGCAGCUGCGCGAGCUGGCGCAGCUCAACGGCACGCUGCGGGAGCACGAAGGACCGCGCUGCGCCAACUGCUCCGCCAGCGACCACAAGACGUGGCUGUGCCCGGACAAGCCGAACGUGACCAACAACAUCGUGUGCUCGUCGUGCGGCGGCGCCGGGCACAUCGCGCGCGACUGCCGCGCCAAGCGCCCCGGCCAGGGCGGCCCGCCCGCCAACCACGCCAACAAGGCUAAAAUCGACGAGGAGUACAUGUCGCUGAUGGCGGAGCUGGGCGAGGCGCCGCCGCCCGCGCCCGCGCCCGACGCCGCGCGCCGCCGCCACGUGCCCAGCCUGUUCGCCACCACGCACCACGCGCCGCGCGCGCUCAUGCAGGCGCCGCCACAGGGCAAUCUACCGCCGUCGCUGCCGCCGCCGCCCACGGCUUACCCGCCGCCACCGCCGCCGCCGCACUCGGGACAACCCGCGCCCUGGCUCGCGAGCGUGCAGCCUCCCCCGCCGGGCGCGCCGCCGCCGCUGAUGCCGCCGUCCUAUCCGCCGCCGCCGCCGCCGCAGCACCCGGGGCAAAACAACCAGGUUGACAAGAUGAACGGCGGCCCCCCGAGCAUGCCGCCCGGCCCGCCGCCGCACAUGCCGCCGCCGCCGCCAGGUAUGAUGAACAUGUGGCGCGGCUUCAACCCGCCGCCGUGGGGCGCCCCGCCCGCGCACCCGCCGCCGCCCGCCUUCCUCGCGCCGCCGCCGCCGCCGCCGCCCGCCGCCAACUAGCGCUACCUCAUACACUACCGGCUUCUGCACUACGUACAGGAGAUCGUCAGUUAACGGCAGUAGGGUGGAUGGAUGGGAGGCACGUUUGUUCAAUUGGAAUAGGAAAUCCAGACAGACGUUUUUAUGAAUAAAAGUUUAAUGCACAUUCAAAGUUGACUCGCAUCAACCAUCUGGUUACAUACGAGAAAUGCUAAGCUUGAAGCCAUUUAAUUGGAAAUAAUGUUUUCUUUUUAGCCAGACAACUUUGGCUAAAGACAUAGUACCUUCAUCCUUGAGAAUUUAGUACAUAGGUUGUUGUAUACCAAUAACGUCCCAAAAUUUGAGAAAACAUCUACCUGAACAUAAUUAUUAUAUCCAUAAAAUAUACUUUCAUCCCUGUGACAGAUGCAUUUAAAAAGUACCUUGAAUACGUGCGCGAAUAGUCUCAGUGAUUAAUGUUUAUUUAAUGGACUCUGUUAAUAUUUUGUUGAGACAUAAAAUUAUUUAUGUAAAAAUGAAAUAUAUAUAGAAUUGUAUACUUAUUUCGCCUGAAACCAUGCAAUAAUAAUUGAUGUUUGUAAAUUAAAAAUUAAUUGUAUAUGCGUACAAGUUUGUAUGGAUACUGUCUAUAGACUUUUCUCUUUUCAUACCCAUUGCGUAUGGUAUUGUGUUAGAUAAUAAUGUGAUUGUGUUGUAGGAGAAUAAAUUAGAUCUAAGGACAUUGCUAAUAAAGAUUGACGUCCCUUUAAA